AUGCCCUCACAACAGCAAACAUUAACUCAAUUCUUCAACUUCUCAUCUUCGAGUCAUAAUCUGGCCCCCAAAGAUAAGGAUAUAAGUAUUAAGCGUGGACGUUCCGUACACAAGGAUGAAAGUUUGAAAAGUUCGUCUGCAAAGAAAACAUCUUCUGAUGGAGAGACAAAAUCUAGGUCUAGGUCUAGGUCAAGAUCCAGAUCUAGAUCGAAAUCCAAGUCUAGGUCCAGAUCUGUAAGCAGAACGGGUUCGCCUUCCAGGAAGAAACCAAAAAAAGAACCUUUGAACGAGGAAUCUGAUGUGGAAAUGGUUGAUGAUGCACCCGAGUCAAACAUUUCACGAUUAGAUAAAGAAAUUGAGAUACACAAGACAAAAAACGAGCUCAAAGAUGCUAAAAAUCUUCUCCGUAUUGAUCAGGAGGUUCACAAAACUAAGAGUCCAACAAAAAUAUUGCCCGAUAAACCAAUUCCAUAUGCCACUUUAUGUAGUGUGUUUGAAAAACUAGAGCAAGAGUCUGGCCGUUUGAAGAAUCUUGCGAUUGCCUCUGAAUUCUUUUGCGAUAUCUUGAGAAAGUCUUCCAGUGAAAAAACGCUCACGGCUGACGGGGCUGUUGCCAAAAAUCUUAUAGAAGUCACUUAUCUCAUGAUCAAUCGACUUGGUCCAGACUAUGAACCAGACUUAGAGUUGGGACUAGGCGAGACAUUACUUUUGAAGGCUUUGGCCCAAAGUACAGGUAGGGAGCUGCAACAUAUAAGAAAGGACUAUCAUCGUCUUGGAGAUAUAGGUGAGGUUGCUUUUAUUUCAAGAACAAAGCAGUCAUUAAUAUUUAAACCAAAACCAUUAAGUAUUCCAGAGGUUUUCCAGAAUUUAACCAAAAUAGCAAAAUCUAUGGGUAAUUCUUCGCAGUCAAAGAAAAUCGCAAUUAUUAACAAGAUGCUUGCAGCUUGUGAAGACCAGGAAGCAAAGUUUCUAAUGAGAUCUCUUGAGGGUAAACUUAGGAUAAACUUUGGUGAGAAGUCUGUGCUUAUGGGGUUAGCGAAAGCAUUUGUUGAAUAUGAAACAGGUGAAAAGUCUUCAGAUGAUGUGGAUCCGGAGGCUUUGGUUAAAGCUGAGCAACAAAUGAAGGAAGCUUACUCUGAGACUCCAAAUUAUGAGUUGAUUAUAAAGAACUGCAUCAAAUAUGGCGUGUCUCAUGUGUCAGAGCAUUGUACACUUAAGCCGGGAAUACCAGUUAAGCCGAUGCUUGCUCGCCCUACAAAAUCUAUUGCAGAGAUCAUGGAUACAAUGGAGGGUAAAGAAUUUACCUGUGAGUAUAAAUACGAUGGAGAACGUGCUCAAGUUCAUCUAUUACCAGACGGUGACAUGAGAGUUUAUUCCAGAAAUUCGGAAAAUAUGACGGAGAGAUAUCCAGAUUUAAUUCCAGUUAUUGAGGAGCUCAGAAAGGAAAACCCAGAAAUAAAGUCUUUGAUCUUGGAUUCAGAAUGUGUUGCAUGGGAUACAGAAGAACAUAAAAUACUUCCAUUCCAAACAUUGUCAACGAGGAAGAGAAAGGGCGUUCAAGAGAAGGAUAUUAAAGUUAAAGUGUGCUUAUUUGUCUUCGAUCUUUUAUUUUACAACGGCGAACCCAUUAUAAAUAAGCCAUUGGAUCAACGUAGAGAAUUGUUGUUCAAGCACAUUCAUGAAGUUCCAGAGAAGCUUAGAUUUGCCACAAAAAUGAAUUCAACGGAUGUGAAAGAAAUGGAGAAAUUCUUGGAUGAGUCUGUUCAUGAUUCAUGUGAGGGUUUGAUGAUCAAAGCAUUACAUGGAGAAGAUGCAUGCUACAGACCCGCAAAGAGGUCUAAAAACUGGCUUAAAUUGAAAAAGGAUUAUCUUGAAGGAGUGGGAGAUUCUCUAGAUCUUGUUGUUAUUGGUGGAUAUAUAGGAAAAGGUAAGAGAACAGGAUGGUAUGGAGGCUUUUUGUUGGCAUCAUAUAACCAAGAUACGGGUGAGUAUGAAUCGGUGUGUAAAAUUGGCACUGGUUUCAGUGAAGAUCUUUUAAUGGACUUGGCAAAACAGUUGAAACCGAAGGAAAUUUCAGAACCAAAAUCAUUUUUUGUUUACAACAGGGAAAAUCCAAAUGCCACUCCAGACGUUUGGUUUGAACCAUCAUUGGUCUUUGAGGUUAGAGUCGCAGAUUUAACUACUUCUCCAAUAUAUAUGAGUGGAGCAUCUUACUUUGGUGACGGAGAAAAGGGUAUCUCCUUAAGGUUCCCAAGAUUUGUUCAGAUCAGAACAGAUAAGGGAACUGAAGAUGCUACAAGUAGUGAACAAAUUGUGGAGAUGUAUGAGAGACAAGCAGUCAGACAAUCUUGA